CCGGUUACUAUAAUAUCCCUCCAGCAUCAUGGCAGCGGCGGCGGAUUGUCCCGGCACUGAUGCGGCUUUCCCGGAGACCCGGGGCAGUUCGGCGACGGCAGGUGGCAGCGGGGUCCCGGGAGCUGCUGCCGGGGACAAACCCGUGUGUCUCAUCGUGCUCGGCAUGGCGGGCUCCGGGAAAACCACCUUCGUCCAGAGGCUGACGGCUCACCUGCAUUCCCUCAAAGCGCCUCCAUAUGUCAUCAACCUGGACCCCGCCGUCCACGAGGUCCCUUUCCCUGCAAACAUCGUAUACCCGAGCAUCCCAUCAGGACAGUCAGCUGAGUUUUUGUUUAAGUCCUCUGAUUCUUUGUGUUUCAGUAUCCUCUACAAGACGAAGCUGCCCUUCAUCGUGGUCAUGAACAAGACCGACAUCAUUGACCACAGCUUCGCGGUGGAGUGGAUGCAGGACUUCGAGGCUUUCCAGGACGCUUUGAACCAGGAAACCUCGUACGUGAGCAACCUGACGCGCUCCAUGAGCCUCGUGCUGGACGAGUUCUACACCAACCUGAGGGUGGUGGGCGUGUCUGCGGUGACAGGAAGUGGAUUAGACGAGCUGUUUGUGCAGGUGGAGGACGCGGCCAAGGAGUACGAGAGGGACUACCGACCCGAGUACGAACGACUCCGCAAACAGCUGACCGACGCUCAGAGCAAAAAGCAGCAGGAGCAGCUCGAGCGGCUGCGGAAGGACCUGGGAGCCGUCGACAUGAGGAACACGCCGUCCACAGAUGAAGCCGACAUCGCCGGGCCCAGUGACCUCAUUAUGACACGCGGUAAUCCUGACGAGGAGGCGGUGGACAGCGACACGGACGACAUCGACCACGCCGUGACGGAGGAGAGCAAGGAGACCGAAGCCUUCGGAAACUUCCUGAAGGAGAGGAAGGAAGUGGUUCAGGUCCGAAACAGGAAGUGUAUGAUACCCGAGGAUCCCUGACCUCAGAGGUUUCCCUCUGCAGGACACAGACUAUUACCUGGAGCAGAUCUUCCACUGCUGAUACCUCGUCACAGGUUCAGACACGACGAAGCGAGGGCUGAACUUCCUGUAUGAUCAGGUGACCUGAUUGGCUGCUCCUUCCCAAAAAGAGAGAGAGAACUAUAUUUUUAUAUCUUCUGUUCCGUUACUGUUGGCUUUGUUUGUGAAAGUACUGAAAGAUUUAUGUAAAAUAAAACGAGCUCUGAUAUCAGGACUGGUUUUAA